AUGUCAUUUAAUGAAAUUACAUUUAAUGACUUAUCAAAUACAAUUUAUAAUGUUUUAAAUAAAUAUAAAAAUGAAUUAGAAAAUAGUGAUUCAACCAAAAACAAUAGUGAUGAAGUUGGUUUAAUUUUAUCAAAUAAAAAUACUUUAAUGAAAUUAUUAGAAGAGGAUGAUAUAAAUGAAAAUGAUACUUUUUUUAUUGAGGACCCAAGUUGUAAAGAUAUAUUUAACUAUAAAAAUGCAUCUUUUUUUUAUGAACAAUUAAAAAGUGGUAAUUUUUAUUAUCCACCUAAACCUCAUCAUAAACAUAUAUCAUUAGUAUUAAUGGCAUGGGCUUCAAUUUCUAAAUUCCCAAUUCAAUUCAAUCCACUAUAUGGUUUACGUGAAGUUGUUAAAAGUGAACAAGAAAAAGAUAAUAUUACAUUUAUAAAAAAUGAUAAUAAUAAUAAUAGUAAUAAUAAUAAUGUAGAACAAAAAGAACAAGAACAAGAACAAGAACAAAAAGAACAAGAAAAAGAAGAAGAAAAAGAAGAUACUCAAAAAGUUGAAAUGAAAUAUUUUGAAAAUUUGAAUGAAAAAGUUGUAUUAUUUUUAAAUGAAAAUUGGAACAAUAACGAAAAGAUUAUGGAAAAUGAAGAAAAAAAGAAUCAAUUUAUAUUUGAAUUUUUUAAAAAUCUUUCAAAUAGAAAUUUAUUAACAAUGUUUGGUAUUAGAAAAACCAAAUUAUCAUUGGAUACAAUAUUAUUACCAGGACCAAUUCAAUUAAUAAAGAGUAGUAAUUUAUUACAUUCACCACCACCUGCAACUAGUAAAUUAACAGUAUCAUCAAGAGCAUUAUCAAAACAUGGUAUUCGUUCAAAAGAUUCUUUUUGGGGAUCUGAUAAAGGUCCUGAAUUGGUAAAGAAUAAACGUUCAGAGGCUGUUUUAAUUAAAAUUCUAAAAGAACCAACUUGGAUCAACAUUCAUUUAUUACCUCAUGAUAUUAAAAUAUUAGAAAUUAGAAAUCAACAAGGUUAUGGUUUAAGAUGGACUGCUGAUGGAUGUUUUUUUAGGGGUUUCUUAGAACCUCAAAUGGAAGGUGGUCAUGAAAUUGGUUGGAGACAUUAA